AUGUGGAAAAGCGUAAUCUCCAGCGGCCAACAGGCAGCUCGAACAGCUCAACAUGUUGCUCCCAAGCCGAGUCUCUGGACACCUUCCGCCUCUGCAGGACCAAUCCGCACUUUCAGCGCCAUACCCAAGUUUCAAAAGCAAACUGCCACCCAAGCCAAUCCCUGGAAUCGGGAAUCGCUGAACCCCCAACGCUCAGAAGUCAGCAAGUCCGGCACGGACGAUGAGAUUGCUCAGCACGGUGCCGCAUUUGAUCCAAACAACACUGCGCCGGAGAGCGAGCUCGAGGCGACAGAACAGGAGGCGAAGUCGAAGGGUGAGAAGGGAACACUGAACAUGAGUCCUGCUAAUAAGGAUGUUCAUGCUUGGAAGGGUCCCCAACAAGGGGGCCCGGAGAAGAAUGAGGAUCGAGGAGUGGCUAGCUCGAGGGGAUCGCCAAAUAAGAGGAGGAGUAUUCAUGUCAAAGAGGACGGGACUCAUGUAUCGUACCGGUGA